AUGCCUACCAUCAACGACCAGCAGAUCGGCCCAACAGGCUUCGGCCUCAUGGGCCUGACCUGGCGAGCCACCCCGCCCCCGAAGGAGCAAGCCUUUGCCGCGAUGCGCGCGGCCCUGGCCAACGGGAUGAACUUCUGGAACGGCGGCGACCUGUACGGCAACCCCGAGUACAACAGCAUGACGCUGCUCUCCGAGUACUUUGCCAAGUACCCCGAGGACGCGGACAAGGUGGUGCUCAGCAUGAAGGCCGGCGUGAACCCGGACCAGUCGCCCGCGGGCGUGCGCAAGACGCUGGACAACAUGCUGGGCCAGCUCAAGGGGACCAAGAAGGUGGACGUGUUUGAGUUUGCGAGGAGGAACCAGGCCGCGUCCAUGGAAGAGGCGUUCCGGACCGUCAAGGAGGAGUACAUUGACACGGGCAAGGUCGGCGGCAUCUCGCUGUCCGAGGUCCGGCUGGACACGCUCAAGGAGGCCGUCAAACAUGUCAAGGUUGUCGCGGUCGAGGUCGAGGUAUCGCUUUUCUCCACCGACGUCCUCACCAACGGCAUCGCCGCCACUUGCGCGGAGCACAACAUUCCCAUUGUCGCGUACUCGCCCAUCGGCCGCGGCCUGCUCACCGGCCAGAUCCGGAGCAUCGACGACAUCCCCGAGGACUCGAUGCUGCGCCACUACCCGCGCUUCCAGCCCGACACGUUCCCCAUCAACAUCGAGCUCGUCGGGCAGGUCGAGGCCAUUGCGCGCAGGAAGGGGUGCACGCCCGCGCAGCUGGCCAUCAGCUGGGUCCGCAGCCUGUCGAGGAGGCCCGGGAUGCCGACGUUCAUUCCGAUCCCCGGCGCCACCACGGCCGAGAGGGUCGAGGAGAACUCGAAGCACUUUGACAUUACGGACGACGAGAUGGCAGAGAUCGAUCGGAUCCUGGCAAAGUUCCCAGUCGCGGGGGAGCGGUACCCGGAGCAGAUUCCGAGCAAUACCUAA